AUGCCCGUUACAGUGGACAGCCAUCAGAUUUUAGACAAACUGGAUCUCGUGAAAGAAAGACACAGCAACCAACAAAUUCCCGCAGUUCCACGAAAACCACCCCGAAAACUUACAGAAAGCGUCUUCAAACAACAGAACGUUAUAACCCAUCCAAGAAAACUACUUCAUCAAACCGUACGAGACGGCAAUGACAAUCCUUUUCAAGGGGGAUGCUUUUCAGAUUACGUCGAAUUCUGGGAAGAGAUGAAAGCUCCACAAAAUAUACUAAAUACAAACUACCCUUCGUCAAACGCCUACCAUUAA